GGUGGACCGGGUGGACCAGGAUCUGGUGGACCAGGAGGACCGGGUGGACCAGGAUCUGGUGGACCAGGGGGACCUGGUAGCCCAGGGGGACCAGGAUCUGGUGGACCAGGGGGACCUGGUAGCCCAGGGGGACCGGGUGGACCAAGAAGACCGGGUGGACCAGGAAGACCGGGUGGACCGGGUGGACCAGGAUCUGGUGGACCAGGAGGACCGGGUGGACCAGGAUCUGGUGGACCAGGAGGACCGGGUGGACCAGGAUCUGGUGGACCAGGAGGACCGGGUGGACCAGGUGGACCAGGAGGACCAGGAGGACCGGGUGGACCAGGAUCAGGUGGACCGGGUGGUAUCCAUGAAAACUAUGAGAGAAUGGGAUGCUUCAAAGACAAGCAUAAAGCUAAUAACCGACCUUUUCCUCAAUUGAUCGCAAACUACAGGGGGGGUAGGAUUGACUGGAAUGGUCUAAAGACGUCUGUUAUCGRCAAGUGUGCUGCAGAGGCCAAAAAAAAUGGGUUCACCUAUUUUGGGAUCCAGUUUUAUGGCGAAUGUUGGAGUGGACCUGAUGAUGAUAUACUAUACGACAAAGACGGUCCGUCCACAGACUGCUGGAAGGGUGUUGGUGGAGGAGGAUCACUAAUGGUAUACAUUAUGAAAGGGUCGAAGUAACUCUUUUGCAAUCUGUUGAAYGAAUCGCAAAUAAAUAAUCUUGAACAAAUAGUGUCAGUGUCUUAUUGACUGUAUCUUGGCUGUUUUUAGUAAGUGUGUUGAAUUAAAAGUGAAUGCUCAAUUCUUAGUCGUAGUAUUCUUGCUUUUAAACGACCCGCCAAAUAUUCAUUUUACAGUCAAAUGGCGGUGAUAUAAUUUCACAAUUGCAUUUUGUAUAAAGGAGGAAUUAACUUAAG